CCCCAUUAUUACGUGUCUUCUUAUUAUAUGUACCAUCUUUAUUUCUUUAUUCAUUAUCUUUAACUAUAUAUAAAUUAACUUGUUCUCUUCGAAUAUUCGGAGCUCAACUCCUCUCUCUCUCUCUCUCUCUCUUCACGCAUUUCUUGUUCUUCUUGAAGCUUUUAUAUAAACCCAUCUCAUCCUUCUCUCUCUCUCCCCCUCUCCCCCUCUUAUUCAAACUUGUCUGAGUGAAAAAUAUUACAAGUUACGUGUUUCUUUAUACAUUCUUGACAUGGGUUUCUCUAGAGCAAAACGUGUCACCGAUCCACUCGCAGACGAAGUUAGGGCUCGUCUCGUCGGGUGUAGCUUUAGCAGCGGCAGCGAACAUACCGGCGACGGAAUCGAAGACUACGAGGACGACGACUCACCUUGUCUCUCCGAUCUUGUUCAAGGCUUCUUGGAAGAUGAAGUUGAGAUCGUUGAUGAUGAUGAGUCACGUUGGUGUGAUCAAGAUUCGGGUUCAGACUCGGAUUCUGACUCGGAAGGAGUGGAGCUCCCCGACUACGCCGACGAUAUCGCGAAGAUUCUGAGGAACUCUCUCAGGGAAGAUUCAUACGGAAGAACGGUGCUGGUUCACGUGGCGAGAGCUAUGGAAGUGUUGUCGUCUCUCGGAUCUCAGCACGAACAGCGUGCCGUUUUAAUGCGUAAGGUCAUGUCUCUUCUCAGAGAGCUUGGCCACAAUGCGGCCAUCUGCAAAACCAAAUGGAAGUCCUCCGGCGGACUCACCGCCGGUAACCACGAGUUUAUCGACGUCAUGUUCACACCUUCAGCCUCGUCCCAGUCCGCCCGUUACAUCGUCGACUUAGAUUUCGCGUCGCGGUUUCAAAUCGCGAGGCCAACGGCACAGUACGCGCGUAUGCUUCAGUCUCUCCCGGCAGUUUUCGUGGGAAGGGGAGACGAGCUGAAACGGAUCUUGCGGCUCGUAUGUGACGCAGCGAGGAUAUCGCUUAGGAGCCGUGGCCUCACGCUUCCGCCGUGGAGGAAGAAUCGUUAUAUGCAAACGCGGUGGCUUGGUCCUUACAAACGCACCGCCAACUUAACCCCUUCAUCUUCCGCCGUUAACACAGUCGUGUGUCGUGCCAUCGGUUUCGAUGAUGCCGUCGGUGGCCGUCUAUUUGUGCGAACACGAUAAAACUAACUCAAACAACGUCACGUGUUAUCUUUUAACUCGAGUUUUUCCAAUAUAUUCUUAGAGAAUUAAUUCAUAUUUUUUUUGGUC